AUGCCCAUAGUCCGCCGCGUCCGUCCCACCGACCUCCUCUCUCUCAAUCUCUGCAACCUAGAUUCCUACACCGAGAACUACGACCUAAACUUCUACCUGACAUACCUAAUGAAAUGGCCUUCACUGUUCCAAUGCGUAGAAGAGGACGGAGGCAAGAUCGUUGCAUAUAUAAUGGGCAAACUCGAGACCUCACCGCCGCACCACCCGUACCCUCUCCCCUGGCAUGGCCACAUCACCAUCCUAACCGUCUCUCCCCAUUACCGGCGCCUCGGGUACGCCAAACUCCUCACCUCGUCGCUCGAACGAACAUGCAACCAAUCCUCCGCCUGGUUCGUUGACCUCUACGUCCGAGCCAGCAACAAGCUGGCCAUCGACAUGUACAGAAAGAUGGGAUAUAGCGUGUUCCGCAGAGUGGUCAUGUAUUACAGUGAUAAUCCCAAUGGGACCUCGGAAGAUGAAGGGGGCGGGGAAGAUGCAUUUGACAUGAGGAAGCCUUUAGAUCGAGAUAAGGAGAGAAAGCAUGUCAGGGAGAAUGGGGAGGAGUUUAGAGUCAGUCCGGAGGACGUGUAUUGA